AUGGCGCCGAGCGACGAGCAUCUUGUAUCGCUAGUACAAGACAAAAAGGAACUCUACGACAAGAGCAACCCUCUAUAUAAGUUCCAGGGAAGGGAAACGUUGAUAUGGGAACAGAUCGGAAAGGAGCUGCGCACAAGUGGUGAGGUAUGCAGACGGAGGUGGUUAGCUCUUCGCGAUUGGUAUGGCAGAGAAGCCAGAAAAUCAGAAGCACCAUCAGGCAGUGGAGCAGAAUACCAGAGGCCGUGGUAUCUGCUUGAAAGCAUGUCAUUUUUAAGGCCGCAUGUUAUUCCUCGACCAAUUGGAUUUGAUAACCACUUGUGCCCCAAUUCCUAUUUAAUGGCCGAACUUUAUACCUUCUGCACUUUUUUUGGUCCUUGUAUUUUUUAUAUAAAAUAUAUAGUUGAAAUAAAUUAAGAAA